AUGGUGUUGAUCAAGCUUGACCCCCAGGCCGAAAUGAAAGGUACCGACGGAGCCCAGGCAGUCGGCAGCUCGGCUGUGUUGCACAGACACCUUUCCGAAGACUUCCUCGUCCUUUCCAAAAGCGAAGGCAACUAUCUAAUCCUCGAAGAUGGUCGGCGUGUGUUCGAUGCCUCCGGAGGCGCCGCAGUCAGCUGUAUAGGCUAUCGGAACAAGAGAGUGGCCGAUGCUGCUUAUCGGCAGAUCCUUGAUGCCCCGUACUGCAGUACCGUCUUCUACACCACCAAAGUACAGGAAGAGCUCUGUCGCUUCUUGGUCGAUUCGACAGGAGGACAGAUGGCGCGGGCCUACAUCGUCAACUCAGGGAAGUUCUUUCGCCACGUUGUAUCCUCUUGCUCCUAA